AUGUUCAGUGGUUCCUCGAGCCCACCUAAAGACAGAGUAGACACACUUCCGGAGAGCGGCCUCGAUACCAGCGCCUUGACCCUUCAGACCGACGCAACAGGCACCAGUCCGCGUGAGAAGAAGUUUUCUCCACCCGGUGCUGGCUUCUUUCGUCGACAAAGCGAAGAGCAAAGUAACCCUGGCGAGAAAAAGCGCAGGAGUAGUACCGUUACAAAAGCAGCCAACUUCUUCAAUAACGCCAAAAGUUCCUUGAACUUGAACGGGCGCGAUAGUUCUGCCAUCAGCACUAGCCCUUCGAUAGCAGAAAGCCCCCUACAGAAGCUUGGGAAGAUGGAUCCAGCUCUCAGCGUCCCUCAAGGGUCGUUCAAUAAUUCCGCUGGAGAAUCCGCACCGACUGCUCGUUCAUCUUUCCGCGUCGGUGUCACCGAAGACCGGAAUCGAAAAUGUCGCCGGACAAUGGAGGAUACACAUGCCUAUCUCUACAAUUUUCUGGGCACUCCCACUCCGAGUGCCGCAUACAUAAAUGGUGCCAACUCCCCGAAGGUCAGCGGCCCGCGCUCAUCAGAGGAUUCAUCUAGCGUCGUAGAAACAGACAAUGGUUAUUUCGCAAUUUUCGAUGGACAUGCUGGAACCUUUGCGGCAGAAUGGUGUGGAAAGAAGUUGCAUUUGAUUCUUGAGGAAGCCAUGCGCAGAAGCCCCAACAGCCCCGUCCCAGAACUCCUUGACCAAACAUUCACCAGUGUGGACCAACAGCUGGAGAAAUUGCCCGUCAAGAAUUCGGGAUGUACAGCUGUUACAGCUGUACUUCGGUGGGAAGAUCGUGUACCCAGCUCACAGUCGGCUACCGGAUCCUCUACCCUCGCCCCGGCAGCCGUUGCGGCGGCGAAAGGUGAUACAAAUUCAGAGAAUACGGAAACUCCAACUCAAGCUAACCCGAAUGUCUCUGCUGUCCUGCCCAAAUUGCAAGAUAAAGCUGUUCGACAACGGGUUUUGUACACAGCCAAUGUUGGCGAUGCACGUAUUGUAUUAUGUCGCAACGGGAAAGCGCUUCGUUUAUCCUAUGACCAUAAGGGCAGUGACGAGAACGAAGGGAGAAGAAUCGCCAAUGCCGGCGGACUAAUCCUGAACAACCGCGUCAAUGGGGUUUUGGCUGUCACUCGUGCUUUGGGUGAUGCGUACCUGAAAGACCUCGUGACUGGGCAUCCUUACACAACAGAGACAGUCAUUCAGCCAGAUGGUGAUGAGUUCAUCAUCCUGGCUUGCGAUGGUCUUUGGGAUGUCUGCACCGACCAGGAUGCUGUCGAUCUCAUCCGAAAUGUUCAAGAUGCUCAACAUGCAUCGAAGAUUCUUGUUGACCACGCUCUUGCACGAUUCAGCACCGACAACCUGUCUUGCAUGGUGAUUCGACUUGACUCCAACCGCCUGAAGGAGGUUGUCAACAACAUCACAGAAUUGAUAGGAGUGGACGGGGAUCCGCAUACAAAGGUGGCGCAGGGCUUGAGCGAGGCCGAUAAGAUAGUUGAGGGUGCACGGAAUAACAUCGCCUCUUCUGGUCUCGCAGAUAACCCAGCAGCGGCACAGAAGGCCACUGAAGAGACUCUUCAGAAGAUGGCCAGUCACAACGACCAUCAAGAAUCUGGGCCUGAAAUGACAAUUAAUGAGAGUAACGACCUUCCCUCCGUGGAUAUUCUGAGCCCCAGCAAGAGCCCGCACGAUCCGCCAGGCUCAACUAAGUGA